GGCAUGCCUCAAACUCCCAAAUUAAAUGUAACCAAAGCUUUGGUUUCUGUGUGGGAGAGAGAAUCUUAAAGUCCUUCAACAGUUCUUUUUUAUUUUAUUUUUUUUUCAGUAUAUACUGAUGGGGAAUGUGAAGGCAAGGUCUUUCUCUAUCUAAGAAAGCUAUUGCUGAAGCUGUAUGCCUUUCUCUGGAGACUGGAGGAGUCCUUUUUUGCUUUGCUUUGCUUCUUCUUCCUACUCUGAAGUUGUGCUCUUCUCAGCUCAUGAAACGCUUACAGGUAUAGGUGUAAGGAAGUAUUUCGCCAGAGUGAUAUGAGAUCAAGAUCAUGCAUAUCUGAGUGAAAGUUCUUAAAAAUGAAGGUGUCUCAACUCUUACUUUUCUAGCAUAUUCUUGGGGUAGAAGCAGACUAACUCAGCAGAGCAGAAGCUAUAUAUAUUAAUCUUCAAUGGAGAAGCGUCUCAAGCCAUAUGACAGAGAACACAUGAGAUUGGCCAUGCUUAAACAUGAAGAAACAUUCAAGGAGCAGGUAUAUGAACUUCAUCGAUUAUAUCGGAUCCAGAAGAUGUUAAUGAAUAACAUUGAAAGCAGCAGGCCAAAUGGACGGAAUCAAGAGCUAUGGAAUUUGAAGAACAACCCCAUUUUCAAUCAGACUAAUCAUCAUCAUGCACAACACAAGCCACAAAGGAAACUUGAUCUGGAAAGGCCAGCAGAGGAGUAUAUUGCAGAAUCAGACGGUGAUGGAGGAGUGUUAGAGAUUAUAGACGAAAGUGAGAUUGAAUUAACUCUGGGGCCCUCAAAUUACAACCGAAGGAAGAAACCUGAGACUCCACUAACCUCAGAUUCGGGACCAAGCUUCUCAUCUUCUUCAACUGGAUCUAGUCACAUAAAUAGGACUAGUUCCUGGACCCAUCAGAGGAUAGAUACAACAAGAGAAGAAUUAACUGGCUACAAAGUGGGGCUUGUCAAGGUGCCUGACAUGACAUCCGGGUGCCAUAGCAGAAGUAAAAACAAUAUUGAUGUUGAAGAACAAUUAAGACAGGAGAGGCUAAACCAGCCUCCUUGGUUUUUCCAAGUGUUGAGUUUGAACAUGACAUGAAAAAAAAAAAAAAAAUCUUCCAAGUCGAUAUGAUGAGAUUUUAAACUCUUAUCAACUAAUUCUAUGACUGAUGUUUGUGUGGAAUUUUCUGCUUAGUUUUUAGUGUAAGGGGUGAUGGAGUCUUGUGUAAAGCGAUUCCCCUGGCUUGAAAGUUGAAAAUCCAUCAUAAUUUACGAGUGACUUGAUUCAAGUUUUUCAA